CAUUUGAUGUUAACUUUUCUCCCUCCUAAUAUCCUAUAUUCGUGUGACUCAUACUAGCACAACUAAUGCAUAAAUAGAGACACAAACCUUAUCAAAAAAUUUGCAAACCGCUUCCAUAAUCAAUUAAUUGAUCACAUCUACACCAAAAGAAAAACACUUUUGUCAUGAGCACAACUACUAUGAGACCUAUCAUCAUAUUUGUAUUGAUGUUUCAUGCCCUUUUCAUGGUUCAUGUACAUGGAAAGACAAUAAGGUUUGCAAAGAGUGGUUGUGAUUUGUUUAGAGGAAGAUGGGUUUAUGAUGAAUCAUACCCUCUUUAUGAAAUUUCACAGUGUCCCUUUAUAGAGAAAGAAUUUGAUUGUCAAAGUAAUGGUAGACCAGAUAAAUUUUAUCUCAAGUAUAGAUGGCAGCCCUCAGAGUGUAAUUUACCAAGAUUCAAUGGUGGAGACUUCUUAAGAAGACAUAGAGGGAAAAGUAUUUUGUUUGUAGGGGACUCUUUGAGUUUGAAUCAAUGGCAAUCACUCACUUGCUUGCUGCACAUAGCUGUACCACAAGCUCACUACACCUUAGUCAGGAUUGGUGAUCUCUCCAUUUUCACUUUCACUAGCUAUGAUGUUAAGGUGAUGUUCUCACGCAAUGCAUUUUUGGUGGACAUUGUUGGUGAAAAUAUUGGUAGAGUCCUCAAAUUAGAUUCUAUUGAAGCUGCCAAAACAUGGAAAGGAAUUGAUGUGUUGAUUUUUGAUUCUUGGCAUUGGUGGCUUCACACAGGAAGAAAACAACCAUGGGAUUUUAUUCAAGAAGGAAAUAAUACAUUGAGAGAUAUGAAUCGUUUGGUUGCAUAUGAGAAAGCAUUGAAAACAUGGGCCAAAUGGGUUGAUGAGAAUGUUGACAUUACAAAGACAAAGGUGUUCUUCCAAGGAGUCUCUCCAGAUCAUCUAAACUCAAAGCAAUGGGGAGACCCAAAAGCAAACUUUUGUGAAGGACAAGAAAAACCAAUAAUAGGAUCAAUAUAUCCAGGAGGCCCACACCCAGCAGAGUUAGCUUUAGAGAGAGUGCUAAGAGCAAUGAAAAAACCCAUACAUUUGCUUGAUAUCACUACUUUAUCACAGCUUAGAAAAGAUGGUCACCCAUCAGUUUAUGGACAUGGAGGACAUAGAGAUAUGGAUUGUAGCCAUUGGUGUUUAGCUGGUGUUCCUGAUACUUGGAAUCAACUUUUAUAUGCAAGUCUAAUUUAAAAUUGAUUAAUGCCUAUAUUCUUAAAUAAAAAAUAUGCCCCUAAUAUACAUGUAUAUUUCUAUAGGUUGAUCAAAUAAGAUUGAUCAAAUAAUAUAUCUUAUUUCAUAUUCUAAGUGGGGAUUUUUAAAUGGACCGGCCCGUCAAAAAUAGUGGGUUAAAUUGGCCGGUUUGAUGGGCCUGGCCCGUUUUGCAACCCGACUUUUUAUAUAGGAUGAAAUUUUAAGUUGUUAAUUGUAAUUACUAUAUAUAUUGAUUUGAGAACAAGAUUAAAGAUUCCAUGAGUA